AUGAAGUUCUCUAAAUCCACUUUGCUAACCGCUUUAACUGCUUCCACUGCCCUAGCUGCUCCAGCCGUCGUCACUGUCACUGAACAUGUUCACGAAGACGCUGUCGUCACUGUUCAAGGUUUCGUUUACCAACACGAUGGUGCUUGGACUACCACCUAUGUUACUUUGAACGGUGUUGCUCAAAUUGCUACUGCUUCUGCUACUACCUCUGCCGUCGCUGCCACUACCACUAAGGCUAAGGUCACUGCUGUCGCUGCUACUAACGUUCAAAAGGCUUCCUCUUCCAAGGAUGCUGUUCAAGUUACUGCUAAGACUACUUCUGCUAACGCUGCUGCCGUCACCGUUACUGCUAAGGGUCAAGAUGCUACUGUUCAACAAACUACUACCAUCAAGCCAAGUGUCACUCAAGAAUAUGACACUACCCCAAGAACUGUCACCAAGACUUCUACUACUACUCGUCCAACCGAAUCUGUUAACUUGUCUGACUUCGCUUCCUCUAUGUUAGCUGAACAUAACAAGAAGAGAGAACUACACAAGGAUACUCCAGAUUUAACUUGGUCCGAAACUUUAGCUUCUUACGCUCAAAACUAUGCUGACAGUUACGACUGUUCCGGUAACUUGGUUCACUCCGGUGGUCAAUACGGUGAAAACUUAGCUGUUGGUUACGGUACCACUGGUUCCGUUGAUGCUUGGUACAACGAAAUAUCUAACUACGAUUUCUCUAACCCAGGUUUCUCUUCUAACACUGGUCACUUCACUCAACUGGUCUGGAAGAGUACUACUCAAGUCGGUUGUGGUGUCAAGUCCUGUGGUGGUGUCUGGGGUGAUUAUGUCAUCUGUUCUUACGACCCAGCUGGUAACGUUUCUGGUGAAUAUGCUGACAAUGUUGAAGCUUUAAACUAG